ACCUCUCUUUCUUGGUCUGUGCCCUUAUCCUACCAUAAAGUCCAUCAUGCUCUUAAACAAAUGCUUAUCUUCAGUGAAACAUAGUCUAUUCUCUUUCCUCAAAGAUAGUUUUUUCAUACUGCCAUAAAAAUAUCACUGCUUGCUAAGCUUUUUAAAACAUCGCCAUUAUCGGAUUUCCCCAGUGACAAUUAUCCUUAUAUCCUUGUUCCUGUUAGAAAGAAUGCAGCUGUCCUGUGUAUACAUAAUCCCCUCAGAAGUCUGUAGAUUUUGAUUUAGUCUUUCGAUCACUCUCUUUCUUUUCUUUCAGAAAAUAUGCAUUUGUUUCUAAAAGCUAUCUUCUUUUUAUGUCAUUCCAUAAACGCCAUAAUCUUCCAAAAAUUAAACAAUUAAGCAAAAACUAGUGAUACUUAGUAAGCAGCAAUUACAGUCACAGUUUAGUGUAGCAUAAAUAUUUAUGCUGUAAACCCUGUUUCCAAAGAUAUGGUUAUCUGAUGCGGCAAAUUAUUUAUCUUUCGAACAACUUAAAUGUCACUCUGGCCUUUGCCAGCUCUUUUACAUAUUAACACAGGACAAUAGAUCUCUUACUAAAUGGAAAAAUGAAAAUACAGCCACUUUACUCUUUUUAUGACAGAAACUUCAGUAGUACUUAAACGGUUAACAGGAUUACUAUGUUAUGGCUAGCACUUGAAGUAAGGCCCUCCCUUCUUAUAGAAAAUUAAGGUGAAAGUACAUACCUGUGGUUUGUGAUCAGAUGUAAUCAACAUGGCAGUAAAUGAACAUGUCAGAGGAGAUGCUGCUGUUUAUCUUGGUCAUGGUCUUUUCUAUGACCCAGUUUUUGAAGACGUGAGGCAUAAAAUUGACACAGCUGACUAUUCAGAACAAUCCGCUCUCUGUUCUCACUGUAAGGCAAUUUUGAAGCAUGGAAUAUUUAUGGAUAAAUGGAAACAUAUUAAUAAGAACAAGGAAAAAGAAGCAAAUUACCUACAUGUGAUCAAAUGCAGCUUGAAGAAGGAACCUUUCUUGGGACAAUACAAGGAAUCAUUACAAUCCAUCUUGGAAGAGGACUUCACAGCAUUUCAUUUAGGACAUGAACAUUUAAACAAAGAUGAGACCAGAAAAAAUGUUGUUAUGGGGGAGACAGUUAAAGGAAAAAAGGAAAACCUUGCCAGAUACCUUGACUCUUUGCAAAAACACAUGGAUAUGAGCCUGGCAUCCAUCCAUGAAGAAAGAAGACAAAUUGAAAACCUACAGAGUGAAGUGAAAUCACAAACAGCAAGAAUAAGUGCUGAAUUUGAUCAGUUGCAUUGGUUUCUAAAUGAAGAACAGAGGGCCCUCCUAGAAAAACUUGACAGCGAGGAGAGGAAAAUUCUAAAAGUGCGGAAUGAAAACUUGAGACGACUUUCUGAGCAAUAUUCUGCCUUACAGAAACUUACAGGCGAGAUUGAAAAAGAACAGAAAUCAUCCAAUAACAAACUAGAUGAAGACACAGAAGACAUUUUUCACAGGUGCAGUGCAGUUUGCAAAACAAUGCUUGAAGAACCCCCUGUAUUUGAUAUUAAUAAAUAUUGCUUUUCAUUAUUUUUGUGGAAAGAAAUGUUGAAAAACUUCAAACCAGCUCCUGCUCAGCUCACACUGGAUAAAAACUCAGCUCAUCCUGAGCUUACUAUUUCCAUGGACAUGACUGGUGUAAUAUUGGGAGACACAAAGCAGGACCUCCCAGAUAAUCCAGAGAGGUUUGAUUUCUGGCCUGCUGUUGUGAGCUCAGAAGGAUUCUCUUCAGGGAAGCACUACUGGGAGGUGAAAGUUGAGAAUGGAGGAAUAUGGGCUGUCGGAGUUGUCAUGGACUCAGUAACAAGAAAAGGACAGGUCUCCUUAACAACAGAGAAUGGCUACUGGACAUUAUGGCAGUUGUAUGGUGGUUAUUGGGCUAGUGACACCUUUCUACCUCAGAAAGAUGAACUCAGAAGAAUUGGUAUUUAUCUGAAUUUUGAAGCAGGGCAGCUGAUAUUUUACAAUGCUAACAACAUGUCUCAUAUUUAUACUUUCAGUCAUUCAUUUAGUCAGAAAUUGUUUCCAUUCUUUUAUACCACAACUGUAAUCCAGAUUGUAAAAUCUACGGUAAUUACAUAAGUUUAUUCAUUUUAUCUAUGGUCCUUAAGCAAAUACACAGAUCAACAGUUAUGCUUCUAUACAUAGCAUACCCUAACUUUUAUAUUUUAUAUAGCAUACUAUUAUUUUGUCAGGAGACAUGAGAGUUCUAAAAAUACUAAAAAGAGAACACAGCUAUGCAACUGAUACUGUAAACUGUGAAAUACAUUUGUCUGAACAUUUUCUGUUGAACUACAUAGAGACUCUUUACCAGGUGAUUCUUAAUCUACUGGUGAGUGUAUAACUGCUUUUGAAAAGUUAAUGUGAAAACAAAAAAUAUUCGUAACA